AUGCAGCUUAUUAUUAUCGCCUCUCUGGCCUUCGCCGCCUCUGCAAUCGCAGCAUCUGCUGAGGACUUUGCUGAGCCUCAGGUUCUGAUCUCCCUUCCUGCCGGUUGCUCUAAAGGCGAUCUUGCCACUGCCUCGUGCGGUGCUGCCAUAAUCGGAGUCGGCGCCAAUCCUGCUGCGGAUCUUGCUUGCGUUGGUUCCGCUGCUGGUACUGCGGCCAACAUCGCCGAUUGCAAGAACUGCAGCCCUAAAAGUACUAGAGUCAUCAAGAACUAA